AUGUGGAGAGAGAGGGAGAGUGUGAGAGAGAGACACGGGAAGGGAGAGAGAGAGAUUGAAAGAAAUCGCUGCUUAAAGAGAGGGGAAGAGACUUUGGAGUGGCUGGAGAGCAAGGGUCAUGUGCGUAGGGAGCCGGCAGCCGGGGCUCCCCGUGGCCGCGGCGGUCGGGCGAGGGCGAAGGCGAAGGCGAAGGCCGGCGGCGGAGGGCCGGGGCGCGGUGAGCAGCCAGCCUUGCACCUGCGGGAGCGGCGGAGACCUGCUGGGAACGUUCACGAACAACUCGGGCAUCGCAAACUCCGCCGCGGAGUCGGUAGCCCCGCAGUCAGGCGGGCGGCUCGGUCCCUCGGUAACCCUUUCGGUGCCGGCAGCGAGAUCAACUUUAAAGAGCAGAUUCUCAGUCCGGGAGGCAAAGAGGCGGGGGAGGAGAGGGGAAAUGGCUUAGGAACAGCGGCUGCCGAGCGGGUGAAGUUCGGGGCACAGUCCUGGCUCUUCCGUGCUCCGGCAGCCCAGCAUCUUCCCGGGGGUCGGAGAGCAAGGUGUUCAACAGGUCGUCCUUGGUACCCAAAACUGAUGGAUGAUGGCUUUCCCGCCUGGCUGCAUUUAACAGAACGAUGCAGAGCUACUCUGACGAGCAGGAAAUUUUAGAGAAGCUCGCUGUGCAGCAGCGGCUUUAAAUUAGCUAUUUCUGGCUCUCUAUAUGCAUACAUACAAACACACAUACACACGUACACCUGUGUAUAUGUAUAUGCAUAUAUAAAUAAAAAUAUAUAACGGUAUCAAUGCAGUGCUGGGUCCACAGGAUCUUAGGAAAGCCUGCCUGCCGGCUGCAUGGAAGUUAAAGAGUUUUUCUUAAGCAGAAGGGGCUGAUGCUUGGACACAUCUCACGUCCAACAGGAGGCAAUGACGUCU